AUGUGCACCAAAUUGGACAAAGAUGCCCCUGCACAAUCAAAGGCACUGAGGGAAAGAUGGCUGCUGGAUGGUGCACCCUCUGCAGGACCGGAGGAAGACGGGACCACAAAACAGCUGCGGGAAGAUGAGGCCAAAACCAGAGGUCUUGAGGAGACCAUUCUCAGACUGGAGAGAGAGCUGGAGGAGCUAGAGACAGGUGUGUCUGCAACAUCCACCAAAGAGAACCUGUCAGACGCAGUACAGGAAGUCAACAUCAAGACAGUCGAAAAAAUGAUUGUGAUGGACUCUGUGACAGACUCUGUAACAGAGGUCAAAGUACACGUCAGCCCUCGUCUGGAGAAAUCCGGAGGUGUCUCUGACAUGAUGAGAGCAGCGAUGUACUCCGUAGAGAUCACAGUUGAGAAGGACCUGGUGACUGGCAAGACCAAAGUCCUGUCCACUAACACACUGCUCCCCAAAGACCUCUCGCAGCAGGGUGUCAAGGUCUAUGAGGAUGAACAGAAAGUGGUGCAUGAGGUGCGCAGUGUGGACGGUGCAGUAACCAAUGGCGUUCACCAGCUCAGCUCUUCAGAGGUGGAAGAGCUCCUCCACAAGGCUGAUGAGGUGACCAUGAGCGAGAGCGGCAAGACUACGCCGCGACUGGAGCGAGGGCAGGCCGAGAAGGUGGAGAAGGUAGAGCAAGAUGUAGUCCCAGCCGCAGCCCCCAUAAAGGAGAUCACGGGUGUAGAAGCCCAACCUGCCGCGGCCCCUCAGACAGAAGUGGGCGGAGCCAGUGCGGAGAACCCAGUCACAAUGGUUUUCAUGGGCUACCAGAGCGUUGAAGACGAGGAUGAAACAAAGAAGGUUUUGGGGCAGGAGAGCACGACUGUGAAGGCUGAGGUGGUGCUCAUCGAGGACGGAGAUGCCAAGACUGCCGCCGGUGAUGCCAAGCAGGAACAGGCGCCCCCUAAUGGCAGCCCAGCAGAGCCACCAAAGGCUGAAGAGGCGGCAGGCGAGUCGGGGCAGCCAGAAGGGGGCGCUGCGGAGGUCAAGAGCAAGGAGAAACAACCCUGCAAGUGCUGCACCAUCAUGUGAGCCCAAACACAGACUUUACCGAUCAAAUGCAACAACAUACAGAGAGAACAACAGCAAGGCUGAGAGGAAUAAACGUUCAGUAUCUUUUGAUAGAAGCUGUUGUUUCUUUAAUUGAUUUUUACCCAUUUUAUAUUUCUAUAUUACUUUUUUCCCCCUUGAUCUUC